AUGGAACCCGAAACUUCUUCUUACAAGAUUAUAUUAGGUUCUUCCUCCAUCGCACGCCGCAAGAUUUUAUCCGAAAUGGGAUACCAAUUCACAUUAAUGACUGCAGAUAUUGAUGAAAAGAGCAUCCGAAAAGAGACUCCGGAAGAGUUAGUUAUGGCACUAGCUGAAGCCAAGGCCAAUGCCAUUAUUUCCAAACUUGAAACUACCGGUAAUCAAGCGAGAGUUCAUGAACCGACGCUUUUAAUUGCUGCUGACACAGCAGAAGCCAUCUUACAAAGGCUCCCUGUUGGUGACUACUUAAAGGAUGCCGAGCCAACUUUAUUAAUUACUUCUGACCAAGUAUACAUCACGUUCUUCUGA